AUGUCUUCGGGAAACCUUGGUGCACUGUACUCGAUCAUGCAAUUAUUGUCCAACAAUAAACACAUACUGCAGCUAAAUGUGUUGAACAAGCUAGAGGAGUUAACUAUUGAGGAGCUCCAAAUGGCGAUACAGAGUCAACCGAGGAUGAAAGAUAUUUUCGCCUUUCCAAUGGAACAUGGAGCUAUCGUUUGUGGCGAUCCCGACAGUGGAAAACGUAUCAAGAUCAUUCAGUGCAUCCUGGAAUGCUCUCGCGGAAAUCGACGCUCUUGCCGCGUGCUCUUUAUCGGGCAAGAAGAGGUUGACAUUCUCGCGGCAGCAUUUCAAAUGUGCGAGGAUUUGCAGCAGACAGUCGGCAAUACCGUGGGGUACAAACUGUUGAUCAACUCUCAGUUUAGCGAUAUGGGCAACGUGUUGUACAGCACCGCGCAGAUUCUGAUGCUUUCGUUCUUGACGGAAUUAGGACAACAGAUGUUGGACGAGACAACGCAUCUGGUCGUAGAAAAUGCAGAUAGACGUUCGCCUAGAAUGGAUCUUUUGCUCUCACUGCUUCGCGAGAAGAUACGAUUGCAUCCUUUGCUCAAGUUAGUACUGGUAUCGUCGAAUUACGAGGUAAAUGAUUUGACUGCUUUCUUCACUGAAACGGAGGUAUUGCCUGUGCUACAAAAAUCAAAAAAAGAUCACUUUUCCACUGCUUUUCCGUUUGGCACGGAUUGCUAUUAUCUUGAUGCGAUUCUCAUGCACAUCUGUACGGAUGAAGUAACUCACAAAAUAAAGAAGCACCUGGCGAACUGCACUAAUCCCUUGAAACUUAUGGCCAAGUUGCUGGUGUACUACGGUAGUGUUAAAUACAACUCCAAUACGACGCAUUUGCUAGACGCUCUACUGGAACACUGCUGGUUCUCGGAUGAUGAAACUGGUUUUAUCACGUUUCUGAACGUCUUGCAAUGCAAUACACACGUGAUAGACUAUCAGCAUUCGGACACCGAGAUGACCUUGCUAAUGAUCGCCUGUGCUAAAGGGCUAAAAGAUACAGUUCGGUUGCUGUUAAAUAUGGGCGCCAACCCGUACACAGUAGGUAAAAAUGGAAUGACCGCUAUGAACUGGUGCCGCGAUGGGGAACAAAAUCCAUGCUGGCAGUUAUUAAACUCUGUAUGCUGUACUACUGUGAAUGACCUGUGGAAAACUAAGUGCUUGUGUCAGCUGUAUUAUCGGCUUCACAAUCCGUACAUCGUAAAUCAGCGCCUCGUGUUGGACGUCAUAUCUUACAUUUGCAAAGAGUGCAUACCAGGGAAGAUCCUCGUGAUGUUGCCAGAUUACACUGACGUGUUAGAGUGUUACGAACUUCUUCGCUAUAAUGCAAGUCACACAACAAAAGAUCUAGAAUACGCAAUCUGCCAUCGUUUGCUUACGGAAAAUGAGUUCAAGGAAGGGGUCGUGUUUCCCUCGAAAGAAUCUAACUCGUUCGAAGUCAUUUUGGUGGCUGAGCCGAUGCUGGAAAUGGUCCCAUCGUUAAACUAUAUCGACUAUGUAGUGGACACGGGCUUAAGAGUGCAUUCUUGCGGCGACUUCGCCAAGGGAAUUUGCAUUCAUAAUUCAUGCUUAACUACCAUGCGGUCAGCCCGGCACCUAAUGUGGUUGGCCCAACGAAAGUGCUUCUUCUUGUACACGAUGGGAGGGUUCCAGUCUAGAAACACUGAUAAUUCACCGAACACGUUAGGCAUGGCUGAGCCGGAUUUAGUGCUAAAGGCGUUGCAGUGCCUCAAAAAAUCUUCCUCUUCUACAUCGAUUGAACAAUUCUUCGAUUCGGCACUUACCUCACCACCAGUCCGAGAACUUGAGCGAACGAUUGAACUUCUUUCGCGAGUCGGAGCAAUCGAGCGUUCGUUGAAAGUACCAACCAACUUAGGCUUUCUGUUGGCUAAUCUGGACAUCGGAAUUCAUCUUGGAAAGGCACUUUUAUAUGCAACAUUGUUCAAGUGUCUCGAUCCGGUGGCUACUAUUGUGGCCGCAUUGAAAGUGGGCAAUCCAUUCGUCGACCCCGUGGACGAGAAAAGUGCUCAGGAAAUUUUACGUAUGAAACAUUGCUUGCAUAAUCGCACGUACAGUGAUUGGCUAGUGCUGCUGCGCCUGUACCAACUUUGGUGUAAUGGUAAGAUUGUUCAAGACGACGUAGAAAUAGCGAAAAGAUAUCGUCUUAAAACAGGCGCCAUGGAAGCAAUCUCGAAUGCACGCGUGCAACUGAUGUCGAUUUUGCGCGUCGUGGGGAUCUUCAAAUGCGGCCGUUUGAAGAAUUACGACGUGUUGAACAAAAACUCCAAAAACUGGAGCAUGGUGAAAGCUUGCCUGACUGCUGGGUUCUAUCCAAAGCUUGCCGUUGUGGAUUAUGAAAAGCAACUACUCAGCGUGCGUUGUGGAACAGAACUUUACGAACUUCAUCCGCUAUCGGUGGCCAAGCUGUCGGAUCUAUCGUACAAAUGGGUCAUCUAUGCGGAAAAGCAGGACGUCGGGUUGGAUCUGACGGAAGCCAAUCGAAUCAAACAAAUGCCGAAACCGCAGCUGAUGGAUGUAACAGCGGUGUCCGAUUGGACCGUUUUGUUAAUGUGUGGCGUAGACAGCAUCGACUUACGCGAGACUUCCACCGAACAAACCGGUGGCGGUUUGCAGGUCCGUAAAAACAAAGCCAUCGAUAAGGGAAUGGUGGAAUUUAUCCUUGACAGGAGAUAUUCGUUCCAGUUGGAACGCGAAAAGUUCUUUAUUGUACGUUGGCUUCGCCUCCGGCUUGGCGCACUCUUCCGCAGUUUUACUGAACAGUUGGUGGAUACACUCGCUCAUCCAGAUACGGAUCGGUUGGUGGCCCAUAUCGGUGAUAUUCUCCAUAAGGAAGAAGAAACGCUAAUGCUACCCUGCGUUACGGGCAUCGAAACGCGCCCGAAGAUAAAGAACCUUUUGCCGAUGGGCGCAUUGUGGAACUACACGACGUUUCUUUUUAACCAAUCUAAGGCGGGACAAACAUUUUAGGUCGUUGAUAAUUUACAGAUCUUUAUUAUCAUUUCGUUUAUAGCUUCUAUCAUUUAACCCAUCCUACUCUCUUUCUUUUUAUCUCAUUUGAGCUCGUUUUCGUAUGCUUAAAAUAGUAUAUAGUACAGAAUUGAUGUUAAAAAGAAGAGCGUACAAAGUUUCGCUUGUAUCGAUCGACGUUGGAAAAAAGAACGUAGAUCUAGUUUAUGUCGUCGAAAAUAUGUCAUUCCAAGUGACAUAGUGAAGUGUGACUCCGAUAAAACGCCAGAAUAAGCUAAGUCUUACUG